AUGGCGCUGCCCCUCGCGUCGCUCGACGCGCGGCGCGACCAGUACCAGCCCCUGCUGCCCGCGGAGGGCACCCGCGCCGCGCGCCCGCGCUCCCGCGGCCGCGGCCGGGAGUGGCGGGGGCUGCUCGGCGGCCGGGCCCGCGGCCGGGGCUACGACCUCCUGCAGGGCGCCGACGCUUCCAGCGACAGCGAGGAGGCUGCCCCGGCGCUGUCCGCGGCGCCGCGCCAGAUGGACAUGUCUGCGCCGAGCCACAGGACGGGAGGGAAAGCGGCGUUGAGGAUGGGGUCGUCCACGAGGAAGCAGAAGUCCGAUGGUGGCCUAGCCGUGGAGAACACCACCGGUUGCUGCUGGUGCAAUUGUUGCAAGUGUGUGCGGCAGGAUGAGUACGUGGCCGGGGAGAACUUCGGCAGAUUUUCUCACAUUCUGAAGCCUGGUUUCAAUUGCUUGGGCAUCGAUGCAUGCGGUUGCUGUGUCCAGCUGGCCAAGAUCUCAAGAAGGGUUCACCAGACUACGGUGACCACGCAGGCGGUCACGAAGGACCACGUGUCAGUCGCCGUCAAGGUCGCUGUGCAGCAGGCGGUUAGACAUGAUAAAAUCUAUGAGGCUUUCUACCAGUUGGAUGACAUCAGUCGGCAGGUAGAAGCUUUCGUUGCAGAUGCGGUCUUGACAGAAGUACCGAGCUUGACGCUGGAGGACUUGUUUUUGCAGAUGGACAGCAUGGGCCUGAAGGCGCAGACAAGCCUGAGGGAGUCUAUGGCUCCCUUCGGCAUUCAGGUUCUCCGGGUGCUGAUCCUGGAGGCCAAGCCCGAUUCGGAGGUUGCCAGCUCCAUGAACGAGAUCAUGAUCCAGAGAAACGUCCGGAGUGCGACCAUUACGGCAGCAGAGGCAGCAGCAGUGCGGUGCAUCAAAGCUGCAGAGGCCAACGCGGAGGCUAUGCGUCUUCGCGGGGAAGGCGCCGCUCAGAAGCGGGAGGCCAUAGCACGGGGGCUCAGCAGCUGCGUGCUUGGAGGCGUCGACGCGCUGGACCGUUCUGCUGGCGUGGUGACCGAGCUACUGCUCGUCACGGAGUAUUUCGACACCCUCCGGGAGAUCUGCGCGCGCGGCACUGCAGAAGCAGUCUUUGUAAACUACGAGCGCGAUCGGCGCAAGGGGGAACCAGAGGAGGGUUCACGCUCUCUGGAGGACGGCCUGAUCGCCGCGCGCACACAGUACGUCCACGAUCUCGUGCGACGUGCUUCCCUCAGGUGUGAUAGGAUCCACAUACAGGAGCACCUCCUGUCGUUGGUGCUGCGGUGCGCCACUAUAGUCGAGCGCCGGCAGCGCUUGAGGAGCGCCGUCGACGCCGUCGUCCGUGGGCUCUGCCCCAAGAGGUCUCCGGCGCAGUGGCCCAGGGCGGCCGCGGCCGUGCCCGCCGCAGCCUCCCUGGGCCUCCGGGGGUCGCUCCAGGAGAAGGGCCUGGCCGUCCAGGAGGGCGAGGCCGCCGACUGGGUCCUGCAGAUGUGCGAGGUGCUGUGCGCGCCCGACGGGGCGGCGCAGGCGACGGGCCAGGUGCGGCUGAGGCACUGGAGUCACGCCCUGGGAGGCGCGUGCUCUAUCCAUCGACAGGUGCUGGAGCCCGGACAGGUCUUCGCCGUCCGCGAGGCGCGCGGCCCGCCGGCGCGCGCCGCGGCGCCUCCCGCGGGGGCGCCGGCGAGAGGGCGCUUCCUGCGCCUCGCCGACGGGCCGGGGGGCUGGGUGCCGGCGGACGCCGCCAAGGAAGUGCCAGCUGGGGCUGCAGCCACGCUGGGUGGUGAACGUAGUCGCGCGCAACUCGACAGGAUGGCCGCGGAGGACCCGUGGGCCGCGAUGGAGCGCCAAAUCCUCAGCACCUUCCACGUCUUCUGCGCGCCGUCCACGGUGCACGGCUGGGGGGUGUUCGCCGGGAAGGACUUCAAGAGGCACGAGGUGGUUCACGAGGCCACUGGGCACCUGGUGCGCGGGCAGCCGGAGGCGAUCGAGGACGACGUGUUCGACUCGGGCUCGAUCGUUGGCGAAGCGGAAGCGAGCGGCUUCUCGAUCUUGGGCCAGGGGUUCGCGACCCUGCACAAUCACCAAGACGACCCGAACGUAGGGUUCUUCUGGGAGCGGCCUGAGCGACACGACAAGCGCAUCGUCGGGACUUUCUACGCGAGGAGGCCGAUCAGCAAGGGUGAGGAGCUGUUCAUCUCCUAUGGCCCAGACUGGCUGCAGUCGCGCGAGGGGCAGUUCGAAGCCGGGUUUGCACCGCAGUCGGAGGAGGUUUGA